UUAUUUUUCAGGUCGGUAAAAAAACAUCUUUCAUAUUUUAUAUUCCAUUUUUAUUACUAUAAUAUAGAUUGGUAGGAUUAAAUUACUUUUGUGGGUCAGUUAUUUAACAUCUAAUACUUUCAAAUAAUUUAAUAAUUAUUAAAAAAUAAAAUAUUCUUAUCAAUCAAAUCGAGCCAGAGUUCAAAAAUUUUAUCUAAAUUCAAAUUCCAUUCAAACCUUUAAUUAAUAAAAUGCAUAAUUAUACAUCAUAAUUACCAAUUAUAUUGAUCCAAUAGCCAACGUCUCUUCAACAAACCAUUUAUCUUGCCACAUAAGGAAGGUUCAAAAUUUUCAGAACCACCAACACCUAAAUUGUUUAAAAUGGUUAAGCGGAUGGUUAGACCAGCCAAGGAAUUCGUCUGACCUAAAUUUGCUUAAUUGUUGGACUCAACAUCGCACUACUUUUCCUUUAUAAAUUAUGACUGAACCUGGCAAUCAACUUCAACAACCUCUAGCUCUUUAUCAUCUCUUCUCUUGUAUCCCAUUCCCAUAUGGCUCUUCAAAGUGGAGAGAAACCCAUGUUCACUGGCUACAUUUCAUCCAAGCCAAACAGUAGUUGGACCUUGCUGGGGCUGAGACUUGUGGCCUUUCUUGCCACAGCUGCUGCAACUCUUGUGAUGCUACUCAACAAACAAACCAAAACUUUUGUGGUUGCCACCAUUGGAACUACCCCUGUCAAUGUUACUCUCACAGCCAAGUUUCACCACACCCCUGCAUUUGUGUUUUUUGUUAUAGCAAAUGGAGUGGCCAGCAUCCAUAACUUGGUGAUGAUAAUGGUGGAUUUGUUGGGGAGCAAGUUGGAUUACAAGGAUUUACGCUUUGCCAUGAUUGCUAUUUUAGACAUGGUAAACGUGGCAUUGGUAUCUGGUGGAGCCACUGCGGCGGCAUUCAUGGCGGAGCUGGGGAAGAAUGGUAAUUCCCAUGCGAGAUGGGACAAGAUUUGUGAUAAAUUUGGGAAAUUUUGUGACCAGGGCGGUGGAGCUCUCAUUGCUUCAUUCAUUGCUCUUGCUCUCAUGCUUCUCAUUUCUGUUAUGUCCAUUAUUAAACUUCUCAAUUCUCAUAAGUCUCACUCUGUUCUUCCUAACUAACCCUAAUUCUCAGCCUUUUGCAAUAUCUUCCUUCCUAUUACUACUGUGCCUUCUUUUUUCUUUCAACUGUAUGUCCAAGUAUUUAGCUUUAAUUGUCCUUGUUGAGCCGAGUUGCUUUUUCUUUUUUUGUUAUUUAAUUUUUCAAAAAUUUCUGUUUCCUUAUUUAGCUUUGAAAAAUAUCAUUAACCGAUGUUUAUAACUAUUGUUAAUGUUUUGAUCACUAACAUUUUUUUCUCA